CAUUUCUAUAAAUUGGCGGGAUGAUAAUAUGUGUAAAAGUAGAAAGUUGUGUUAAAAAAAUAAAAAUUAAUAUCUUUUAAAAUGAAAUUACGUUGCCGAAUAUCUCCACAAGAACGAGAAGAAGAAGAAAAACGAAUUAAAUCGGAGAAAGAAAAAAUCGCAAGAAUGAAAGAUGCCAGACCUUUUAUAAAAUUUACUGGAAAAAUUAUAUAUCACACCGAAUUAAUAGAUAUAGCUUUAAUAAGUGAUAAUUUAUUAGAAAAAGCGAGUGUUUCUAGUGAUUCUUUUGUUAUUGGGUUCGAUAUGGAAUGGCCAUUUUCAUUCCAAACAGGCCCCGGUAAAACUGCAACAAUACAAUUAAGUUGUGACGAAUUAACGUGCUACAUUUUCCAUGUGAGUCAAAUUAAAAAUCUACCGAAAAGCCUAAGUGAAUUGUUAGUGCAUCCAAAUGUUAAAUUAAUAGGAAACAACAUAAAAAAUGACAUAAGAAAAUUAGCGAGGGAUUUUAAAGGUUUCGAUGGUGAUAAAAUAGUAAAUAACUGUUUGGAUUUAGGUGUUUUAGCAAACUCUAUUCUUUCUCGUUCGGAAAGGUGGAGUCUUGAGAAAUUAGUAGAUCAGUUGUUGGAUUUGAAAAUUGACAAAGACAAAAAAGUUCGAAAUAGCCAAUGGCAUGUUAUUCCUCUAUCAAAAAGACAAAAAGAAUACGCGGCUACCGAUUCCUACGCCUCUAUUCUACUAUAUCAGGCUUUAAAAAACCGAGAAAUUGAAAUGAAUUCUUGUAUUUCGUCUAUUUAAUUACUCACUAAAUCUUUUUUAUUUCUUAUUAUCUAUAAACUUUAUUCAUUCAUUUUUUUUUCAAUUAAUAUAAAAUAACAAUUUAUUUCAUAGUUUACACUAUGCUGGGCAUUGUAUACUAAAAUUUUUAUAGAAAUUUCUACAUAUGUAACACUAACUGUAAAUCACAUAAAUUGAUUUAUUUUUUUCCCAUAUUUAAUCUGUGAAAACGUGAUAACUUCCUCAAAUAUCAAAAAACUGAGUCAUUGGGUUUUUAUUGGAUUUUUUUAUAAAAAUAAAUGAUUCCAAAUCUGUUUACUACAAAACAAUGCCUCUUCUAUAGAAAUAUUGAUUGUUGAACUCAAUUUAAUUGCCUAAAUUGUGUGAUUUUUAAUUCUAGUUCAUUUUAAGUACUGUCGACGUGAUUAGCUAGAUAUCACAGCUGAUUACUUACUAAAACUAAUACCACUUAGACGUCAACAUUGGGUCGAUAGCCCCGCCCAAUGUCAAAAUGUAAUGUUAAAGUAAUACUUUCUGUGUCUUCCUUGUAUAAAUGAUUUAAGUCUGAUUUUUAUCAUAAAAAAACAAUUAUUUUUCAUUCAGUAUCAUAUUUAUUUUAUGUCAACACAUGAUUUGAUAUAUAAUUGUACAAAAAUUUAAAUGAAAAUAGCCAUCUACGUUCUAAGACUGGCCGGACGUGAUUAUGGUGUAGUUAGUCCCGCCUACUGUCGUUUUAUGUCAAAAUGUCUAUUAAUUUCUAUACCUUCCUUGUAUAAUUUAUGUAUGUGAGAUUUUUAUCAUAAAAAAACUUCAUUUUUCAUUUAUUUAAUGUUUAUAUAUUUUUACAACAUAAAAUAAUAUAUAAUUAUACCUUUCGGACGACGAUAUGGCGUCGUUAGCCCCGCCCACUGAAGUUUAAUGUCAUAUGUCUAUUACUUUUUGUAUCUCCAUUGUAUAAUCGAUGUAUGGGGAAUUUUAUCACAAAAGUACUUUAUUUUCCAUUUAUUUGAUGUUUACACAUUUUUAUAACAUAAAUUUUGUAUAUAAUUGUAAAAACAAUGGAGUAAAAGUAGCAUCUUGUCUUUUUAAGAUCGUUUGGAAGUCAAUAUGGCGAUGUUAGUCCCGCCCACUGUGGUUUAAUGUCAUAUGUCUAUUACUUUCUGUAUCUCCAUUGUAUAAUUGAUGUAUGGGGAAUUUUAUCACAGAAAAACUUUAUUUUCCAUUUAUUUGAUUUUUACACAUUUUUAUAACAUAAAUUCAUAUAUAUAAUUUUAAAUCAUUGGAGUAAAAGUAGCAUCUUGUCUUUUUAAGAUCGUUUGGAAGUCAAUAUGGCGAUGUUAGUCCCGCCCACUGUGGUUUAAUGUCAUAUGUCUAUUACUUUCUGUAUCUCCAUUGUAUAAUUGAUGUAUGGGGAAUUUUAUCACAGAAAAACUUUAUUUUCCAUUUAUUUGAUUUUUACACAUUUUUAUAACAUAAAUUCAUAUAUAUAAUUUCAAAUCAUUGGAGUAAAAGUAGCAUCAUGUUUUAUAAGAUCGUUUGGAUGUCAAUAUGGCGAUGUUAGUCCCGCCCACUGUGGUAUAAUGUCAUAUGUCUAUUACUUUUUGUAUCUCCAUUGUAUAAUCGAUGUAUGGGUAAUUUUAUCACAAAAGUACUUUAUUUUCCAUUUAUUUGAUGUUUACACAUUUUUAUAACAUAAAUUCAUAUAUAUAUUUUUAAAUCAUUGGAGUAAAAGUAGCAUCAUGUUUUUUAAGAUCGUUUGGAUGUCAAUAUGGCGAUGUUAGUCCCGCCCACUGUGGUUUAAUGUCAUAUGUCUUAUUACUUUUUGUAUCUCCAUUGUAUAAUCGAUGUAUGGGGAAUUUUAUCACAAAAGUACUUUAUUUUCCAUUUAUUUGAUGUUUACACAUUUUUAUAACAUAAAUUUUGUAUAAAAUUGUAAAAACAAUGGAGUAAAAGUAGCAUCUUGUCUUUUUAAGAUCGUUUGGAUGUCAAUAUGGCGACGCUAGUCCCGCCCACUGUGGUUUAAUAUCAAAAUGUCUAUUACUUUUUGUACCUCCCUUGUAUAAUUUAGGAAUACGGGAUUUUAAUUAUAAAUAAAACGUUAUUUUUAUAAUUAAUUACAUGUUUAUUGUAUUUUUACAACUUAAAUUAAUAUAUAAUUAUACAAAAA